AUGGCAGCUGAGAGUACAGUGGUAGCGAAUCCGACUAAUACGAACGACGUCAACGACGAAAAACUUGAAGAAGUUUAUUUUCUUGAGGAAGGUGCUGCGCAAUUACUUGAUCAAGGACGAACAUUUGACGCAGUUAAAAAGUUGUCUUUUCAAGCCACUCUUGGGAAGAACUCAUAUUACUCAGGUACCCAUCGUAUUCGGAUAAAACUGCACUAUGGCUCUGCAUUUAUCGGAAUCCGUUCACGUCAUAUACGGGUUGAAAUGGAUCCUUAUCUUAUGGCAGGCCAGUAUCAUAAAACUCCUUCUACAUAUGGAUGGAGCACGGCUGGCCGUCGCUUUCUUAAUGGAGAUUCUGAUGGAUCCAGAAUAAAGAUGGAUGAAAUAGAGGAUGUUAUGAUUGAAUUAACACUCCAUUGUGAUGAGCACCGACUAAGUAUUAUCAUGAGUAAGAACAACUGUUUACGGGAUGAAAUGGAAGUGGAUCAUCUUCAUGCUCCGUUUCCUUGGCGCCUGUUUGUUCAACUCAAUCGCGGCGGUGCUCGUAUAUCACUUUUAUAA